AACCCAAGCAUCCAUCCUCUGGCAGCAGCUGGCUGUCCUUUCCCGACCUCCCGCCCGCAUCGCAGCAAAGCUACGACUGGAUCUCAGAAACUAGCCCCCGGUGGCGAGGAAGAGAGCGGCCCUUUUCUGAAACACAGCCGCGCAAAGUUGGGGCGCGCGAUUCAAGGUCGGAAUUAGGAACGUAAAAAGGAAUUUGACCAGAUUCCAAUGUUCAUGAAGAAAGCUCCCUCUGAAAUAGACCCUAAGCAGAAUCCUGACUUGGCAUGCAUUCAGUCUAUUAUUUUUGAUGAAGAAAAAACUCUUGAAGAGCAAGCCAAGACCUACAAGAAUGAAGGCAAUGAUUAUUUUAAGGAGAAAGAUUAUAAGAAGGCUGUGAUAUCUUAUACAGAAGGUCUGAAAAAGAAAUGUGGUGAUCUGGAGUUGAAUGCUAUGCUUUAUACGAACAGAGCUGCAGCCCAGUUUUACUUGGGCAACUAUCGUUCUGCUCUCAAUGAUGCUGUUGCAGCAAGAAAAUUAAAACCCAGCCACCUCAAAGCAAUAAUAAGAGGAGCACUUUGCCAUUUGGAACUCAGACAUUUCUCUGAAACCAUGACAUGGUGUGACGAGGGACUCAGAGUCAAUCCAAAGGAAAAGAAGCUUCUGGAAAUAAGAACAAAAGCCGACAGACUAAAGCGUACUGAAGAGCGGGAUUUAAGAAAAGCAAAAUUGCAGGAGAAAAGGGAACAAUCUCGGAAGGAUGCUUUGCUCGAAGCUAUCAAGGAUCGGAAUAUCAAAUUAUCUCUGGCAGCCGCAGAAGAUGACACUGGGAUAGAAGCAGGCCUUGCAGAAAUGUCUUUAGAUGCGCUUAACCCAGAUGGUGCUGUUGGUGCCAAAGUCUGUCUAGACGAGAAUGGCAGUCUUACGUGGCCAGUGUUGUUCCUGUACCCUGAACAUGGGCAAAGUGACUUCAUCUCUGCUUUUCAUGAAGACUCCAGAUUUGUUGACCAUUUAACAUGUAUGUUUGAAGAGCUGCCACCCUGGGAUGUAGAAAAAAAAUAUAUUCCCACUGCACUAGAGCUUUAUUUUGAAGAUGAAGAAAGAGGAGAGAUACAGCAGAUAAGAAGAGAGGCCACAUUGUUACAAGCAAUGCAGCACCAAAGGUACUUUGUAAAAUGUGGGACUCCUACUUUUUUAGUUUUAGUAAAGGACUCUCCUUUCUUGAAAAACUAUUUUCUUGGGAAAAAGGUUCAUCGGCUGAAGGGAACAAACAUGAAUUCUUAACUGCAAGAAAUGACAAACACAGUAGGGAUAGCAUUUAAAAGACAGCCUUCUUCAGAUUUGCGAAGUGGAAAAGACUGGAAAACUUCCGACGUAUAUAGUUUUUCCCACCAUAAUCAAGCUGACAGCUUACUUGAACUCAGUUCUACGAGUUCUGGCAUAUAUGAAAUUCUGCAAACAAAGGAAAGACUUGAUGUAUCUGUAGAAACAGCAGGCAUGUUUUUAUUCAAAUUUUAUCUUGUGUUACAGAAUCACUUGGGUGGGUAUUCUUUCUUAAAUACACUCUUUUUAUGAGUAAAAGAAUAGAACAUAAAUGGCCAUACGUUAUUCACCUUAUUCUUUACAACAUGAAACAGAGGUUGCGGAACAGAAGCAAAUUUUUGAAAAUCAAGUUUAUUCUGAAAUUACCCAAAUUGCUAUUAAAAACCAUUUCUUCAGGG